GCGGCCAGAGGGCCGUAGGGCCGCGUUGGGCACGGACUCUUUUGCCUUCACAAUGUUUGGGGACUUAUUUGACGAGGAUUUUUCCUUCAUUUCCAACAACCACUGGGGAAAAGGGAAGACGUCCAAGCCCAGAGAGUGUGAACCCCCAGCUCCCAGGGAUUUCACCAACCUCAGUGGGAUCAAAAACCAGGGUGGGACCUGCUACCUCAAUUCCCUGCUGCAGACUCUGCUUUUCACACCCGAAUUUAGAGAGGCUUUGUUCUCUCUGGGCCCUGAGGAGCUCGGGACUCUGGAUGACAGCAGGAAACCAGAUGCAAAGGUUCGAAUAAUUCCGUUGCAGCUCCAGAGGUUGUUUGCUCAGCUCCUGCUCUUGGACCAACAGGCUGCAUCCACCACAGACCUCACCGAGAGCUUUGGCUGGAACAGCCAUGAGGAGAUGAGGCAACAUGAUGUGCAGGAGUUGAACAGGAUCCUGUUCAGUGCUCUGGAGACCUCCCUGGUGGGGACAUCGGGCCAUGACCUCAUCAACCGGCUGUACCACGGCAUCGUUGUCAACCAGAUCGUCUGCAAGGAGUGCAAGAACGUCAGUGAGAGACAGGAAGAUUUCUUAGACCUCACAGUGGCAGUGAAAGGUGUUGCUGGCUUGGAGGAGGCCCUGUGGAACAUGUACGUGGAGGAAGAAUACUUUGAAAAUGACAACUUGUAUCGAUGUGGAGCCUGUGAUAAACUUGUUGAAGCUUCGAAGUCGGCCAAGCUGCGCAAGCUGCCGCCGUUCCUCACCGUGUCCCUGCUCAGGUUCAACUUCGACUUCCAGAGGGGUGAGAGGUACAAGGAGACGAGCUGCUACCCCUUCCCCCUGCGCAUCAACCUGCGGCCCUUCUGCGAGCAGCCUGAAAUGGAUGAUUCAGAGUACAUGUAUGAGCUCUUCUCUGUUAUUAUACACAAAGGUGGCUGCUAUGGAGGACACUAUCAUGUUUAUAUCAGAGAUGUGGAUGAAUUAGGAAACUGGCAGCUACAGGAAGAAGAGGAAAAGCUGAUUGAAGAUAAGGCUGGAAGAGAUGCUGAAAAUUUCAAAGAAACUGAGAAUCCCCUGGCAGUCUUAAAAGGGAUUUUAGCAGAGGUAUGGAAGACUCGAAGCAAAUUCCUGUGGAUCAAUUAGGGCAGAAAUUAUUGGAGAAAAUAGGGGUGUCCUGGAAUAAGAAGUACAGAAAACAAUAUGGAGCAUUAAGAAAGGUAAUCCCAUGGCUGGU